AUGAUACAAUUUGCCGAUGACAUUGUGGUAAAAGCAGAGAGUAAAGGUGACAUACAGCGUGCAGUUGAAGAAAUAGAUGAAAUGCUAAACACAUCAGAAAUGAAAAUAAAUAGCGCAAAAACGAAGAUCUUAGUCUGCGCCAAAGACCCAAAAGUAAAAGCUGAUGUGUACAUAGGUAAUUAA